GCGUCAGUGCCAAAAAUGAUUCCAUCGUGUGUUGGCGGUAGCCGGGCGACAGUCGUUCCUUUGACGCGGCGGUGUUUUCAGCAAAAUCAGCAGCGGGUUCGGUUCGGAUUAGAAGCAUCAAGGGCACGUUUUGUUGGUACAGAAAACGGUGCAGUGAGUCGUUUCCUCUCGGUGACGGGAUCAAAGAACGGGUUUUGUUUGCUUGGUAGUUUACGCAGUUGUUACGGAACGGUGAAUACGGGCAAGAUGACCGGAGUCAAGAAGUACCAAAUAGUGGAACGGGGCGCACCAAAUUCGACCGACUAUCGGCUGUUCUUCAAAACUGAUGAUGGCCAGUCGGUCUCACCGCUGCACGACAUCCCACUGUACGCCAACAGUUCCAAAACGGUGUACAACAUGGUGGUGGAGGUUCCCCGUUGGACCAACGCCAAGAUGGAAAUCUCGCUGGCCGAAGGGCUGAACCCCAUCAAGCAGGACGUCAAAAAGGGCAAGCUGAGAUUCGUGGCCAAUUGCUUCCCGCACCAUGGCUACAUCUGGAAUUACGGUGCGCUCCCACAGACCUGGGAAAAUCCCGAUCACCUGGACCCGAACACCGGUUGCAAGGGAGAUAACGACCCGAUCGACGCCCUGGAAAUUGGUUCCCGCGUUGCCAAGCGCGGAGAAGUCGUUCAGGUUAAGAUCCUCGGAACGGUUGCGCUGAUCGACGAGGGUGAAACCGACUGGAAGGUUAUCACGAUCGAUGUGAACGAUCCUGUCGCUGACCAGCUGAACGACGUGAACGAUAUCGACAAGGUGUUCCCUGGUCUGCUAAAGGCAACUGUUGAAUGGUUCAAGAUUUACAAAAUUCCGGAUGGCAAACCGGAGAAUCAGUUUGCCUUCAACGGCGAGGCUAAGGAUGCUGCUUUUGCCACUAAAGUCGUCGAGGAAACUCACAAGUUCUGGCGAACGCUGAUCAAUAAGCAAAUUGAGGAUACCGGCAUCUCUUGUUUGAACACUACCGUCGAAGGAUCACCGUAUCUGGUGGCUUCCGAUGCUGGCGAAGAAGUCCUAACAAAGAGCGCCAGUGGAGGAAACUCUGAAGCCCUCAGCGAUACCAUUCACAAGUGGCACUUCCGUGAAGAGAAUUCCUAUUCCAAGUUGUAGUCCUGUAACUGCGUUGUUAGCUAACGAGCGUGUAGAAUACACAAGACUAAGCAUUCCCACUGACGAACGAUGGGCAUUUGACGACUCCACGCUUAGAGAACUUGCUAAUUUACAACUGGAUUCGCACAGUAGAAUAACCAUAUUUAUUUCAUCAUGUAGCUUUCCGGUGGUUUUUAUAUAGAAGGUUGCUUAUUUGUUAAUUUUAUAUGUAGUUUGUUUUAAAGUGGUAACGGCAAGUAAACCGAAGAUACAAAUUGA